AUGCUCGCCCACUAUCCCCCAACCACUCCUCCACACCAAACACCACAUCCACAGUCUGAGUCGCCCCUCUUUCAACAACCACAUCUAAACUCUAGGAACCUGCAGAAUAACGACGACGGCGACAGAGUUGACCAAUACAACCCUCUCCGCCACCGUCUUCAGUUUUCUUCCUCGCAGCACUUGCUCGGCGAUCUCCCUCUGGACGCGCAGCUUCAGCAGCAGUUGCAGCAGCUUGAACACGCGCAAUUCUACUACGCAACUCCUCUCACUCCCGUUCCUUCCCAGUCACCGCCACCCGGCUCCUCAGCUGUUGUGUCUCCCGUACAUUCUCCCGCUUGCUCUGCGGCCGCGUUCUCACCCCAGAACUCUCCUCCCACAGACUUCUGCUCCUUCUACCAAGACCCCGGCGUCGUGUCUAUGCCAGAAAGCACCUUCCCAUCUCCAGUCGGAUUGUCGCAAACAUCACACACCCCGCCCAUCAGAAUACACAACUCAACGCCUCCCUUCGAGGACUCGUCCUAUGACCAGGACAACUACUCGUCCAUGCUGUUACAGAGUGGGCUUCCGCUUGACAGCAAUAGUUGGAAUAAUUUUCUAGGUCCUGUCAAGUUCUGCUGUAGCACCAAUUCCAACAGCAACAGCAACAGCAACAGCAACAGCAGCAGCAACAAUAACCAGCAGCAGAGACUUCAGAGGACGCCAUCACGGCCACGUCAACGUGCGCUUUAUAACCAGUAUCAAUAUAAUAGAGCUGCCUCGGAGUUAUCAGCUCCUGCAACUGGUACUGUGUCGCCACUCAAUCCCUCCGUGUCGUCAUAUCCUCCCUCAGGCUUCAACUGUCCAGAGCAGUUGACUUCGUCGUCUACUUCUACAAAGCCUCUCCCUACUCCAGACCAUACUCCUGUCCAGAGUGCCUUUCUCCAGUCCAUUGAUCAGUCGUCUCGUGGUUGCGAACGGUCAGAGGUGGAUCUGGCAAUGAGAAGGGCCAUCUUGGAGCAGCAACAACGUCAUCAUCAACAACGUCAACAACAACAACAACAGCAGCAGCAGCAGCAGCAGCACCAACAACAGCCAGCGGAGGACGAUAAGUCAUUUUCAUUAUCUCUACCGCCUUCUGUUUCCACACAGAGUCAUAACUCUCCUGUUACUUCACAUGCAACAUACCCUGACGAUCAUGAUAAUGGUUCAAGGUCUAUGUCCAAUGGUGAGGACAAAUACCCCAGCGUUGGUGGAUGGAUGGAUGAUUACUUACGUGUUGAUGCCAUUGCAGCCGCAGAUUUCAGUGAGCAAGAUAGCCAGAAUCAGAUUGGCGUUCCCAAGCUGAACAGAACAGUAUCCGAUAUCUACGAAGACACCCUAUUCGAUCCCAACCCUACCGCCACAUCAAAGCAACCCAAUCCAGCUUCCCACCAACGCGGGAAGAUGUUCUCACCCUAUCAUCGCAAUAUCAUUUCAGAUUUAAUACAGGCUGCACACGACGGUCACAUGUCUGAACAAUCCCAAUCCCGCUCUGCUUCAGCAGCUCGAAAUCGAUCUCCAUGGCGAGAUAAUUCUCCAUUCCUGCACGAACAAACCGCUUUCAAUGAUGAUGCAUUGCUUGAUUAUAACGAGUCACCAGAGGAUGCGAACAUGCCACUUUUUCCACCUCAGACUGAUGCCCCGCAGUACCAUGUUCCGGCCAUGGGAAACUCUACUGCUUUCCAACCAAACACCGGCUUUCCGCAAAUGGAACAAUUCCCGAACCAAUAUGCUCAUACCAAAAACCAUAUUCCUCAACAAUUUGGAUACAUGCAGGAGCAGGUCCCUAUUCAACUAGCGGGCCCACAGAAGCAACAGCAGCAGGCACCUCGCCAGGUGCAGCAGCCUCAUAUCCAAAGGGACUGCAAUCUAGUCCAGCGUACUCCUGAAUUCCCUCCUCAUGUUCCAUCUAUGGAAUCUACUUCCAGUGAUACGAACACUCCAGCGGGGAGCAGGUCGCCUCUGGUUGGAGGGCUUGGACAAAGAGCCCCAACUUCCCAUCCUACAGAAGCCGCCAGACGACCCGAAGACACUUCCUCCGAUGGAGGAACAUACAGCUGCACAUACCACGGAUGUACCCUUCGUUUUGAGACACCUGCCAAGCUCCAGAAACAUAAGCGGGAAGCCCAUAGACAAACUACACCCGGUUCACAUGCAAUGGCACGAGAUUCAUCUGCUGGAUCUCUGGCUAUGCGCAACUCCCAAGCUGGCCCUCAUAAAUGCGAGCGCAUCAAUCCAUCUACAGGCAAACCAUGCAACUCUAUCUUCUCACGCCCUUACGAUCUUACGAGACACGAAGACACGAUCCAUAACGCUCGUAAGCAGAAGGUUCGGUGUCAUUUGUGCACGGAGGAGAAGACGUUUUCUCGUAACGAUGCUCUUACGAGACAUAUGCGGGUUGUUCAUCCUCAGGUUGAUUGGCCGGGCAAGCAGAGGCGGAAGGGAUUAAAAUUGGAGUGA